AUGUCAUCCCCUCGACCCGCUUCUCUCCUCUCGCAAGGUCGACCCGCAUCUCCCUCUUCCGCACCAGCACAAGGCGCACAGGCUUCAGGACAGGCAGCAGGAGGAGGAGCAAAGGCGAACAAGGGCAAGUCGGCCAAGGACCAGGCCAAGGCGGAGAAGGCGGCGCGGAGGGCGGCUGCUAAAGCGGCGCAGGGGGGACAGGCCGGUGCUGGACCGGGUGGAGACGGCGGAGAACGAGGAGUGCAGGGAGGAGAGAAGCCGCAGGGCAAGGGCAAGGGCGCGCAGGGAGGGCAGGGCAGCGGGAAGGGCGGCGCAAAGGACGGUCAGGGAGGAGGAGGGCCCGCUGCUGCGUCUGGUGCGGGUGCGGGAGGGCAGGGAGCCUCGCAAGGAGGACGAGGAGGCGAUUCCGCGUCCCAGGCGGGCGGCCCCUCGCACACCGACACCCUCCAACCCUUCCUCCACCUCGACCUUCCUCUCCCCUCGUCCAGUCUCUCGCAUUCUUCGAAGCUCAACACGGCCAACAUCCACCCGAGCAUCCUGCGACUUGCCCUCCAGUACAGCGAGUUCAAGAUUGUCGGCGCAAACGCUCGCUGCAUCGCCAUGCUCGAGGCGUUCAAGGAUAUCAUCAACUCGUACACUCCGCCUCCGCAAACCUCGCUCACCCGCCACCUCCCAACAACCCACCUGAACCCUCAAAUCGCCCACCUCAUCCGCGCACGGCCACUGUCCGUCUCGAUGGGCACCGCUAUCCGCUUUCUCAAGUACGAGAUCUCGCUGAUUGAGAUGGAGAUGCCGUUGGAAGAGGCCAAAUCCCUCCUCAUCUCGAAGAUCGACUCGUUCAUCCGCGACCGCAUCCUCCUCGCCUCUCGCGUGAUCGAGCAGCACGCGAUCGAAAAGAUCAACGACGGCGAUGUGAUUCUUACCUACGCGCGGUCGAGCGUCGUCGAGGGCGUCUUGCUCGAGGCCAAGCGGCAAGGCAAGGAGUUCAGCGUCGUCGUCGUUGACUCGCGACCGUUGUAUGAGGGCAAGCACCUCCUUCACUCCCUGCGCCUCGCCUCGAUCCCAACAACCUACGUCCUCCUCCCCUCGCUCUCGCUCGUCCUCCCGCGCAUCUCCCUCUGCUUACUCGGCACAAAUGCGCUCCUCUCGAACGGCUCGAUGUUCUCCCGUGCGGGAACGGCGAUGGUCGCCAUGAUGCUCAAGGAGAAGGGCGUCCCGGUCGUUUGUUGUUGCGAGACUUACAAGUUCAGCGAGCGGAUCAUGCUGGAUUCGAUUGUUGGCAACGAGCGGGCCACCCCGCAACCGCUCCUCUCCUCCCUUCCCAUUCCCGCACCUGCACCCUCCGCAACAACCUCCAAACCACCUCCCCCCUCCUCCACGCCCGAAACGCCCCACCUCUCCCCCCUCUCACUCCUCUACGACGUCUCACGCCCGGAGGACGUCACGGUAGUCAUCACCGAAGCGGGACUGAUACCCGUCCAGAGUGUGCCGGUGUUGUUGAGGGAUUACAAGCCGGUUCAGGGGAGGAAUUCGUAG